GAACGUCAUUGACACGUGGGUUAUUUAUUACCCGGAAGUGUGUCGCUGUUGUGGACGCGGAGGGUCGGAAUCAUUAAAUAAAGUUCUGCUCGAUGAGUAAGCGAUGCUAGGUCGAGGAUGGGACACGCACUGUGUAUCUGCUCUCGCAGUUCCAUCACCAUCGACAACAAGAAAUACUACUUCAUCCAGAAACUUGACGAGGGCGGCUUUAGCUAUGUGGAUCUGGUAGAAGGAGCUCAGGAUGGCCGUUUCUAUGCUCUGAAGCGAAUCCUGUGUCAUGACCGGGAAGGACGUAAGGAGGCACAGGCAGAGGUGGAGAUGCAUCGACUGUUCAACCACCCCAACGUCUUGAGUCUGACAGGCUACGCCUUCAAGGAGCAUGGAGGAAAGACCGAGGCUUGGCUCCUCUUGCCCUACAUCAGUAAAGGAAGUCUGUGGUCCGUCCUGGAGAAGCUGAGGGAAAAAGGGAGCUCCAUGUCUGAGAGCCGGAUCCUGCACAUUUUCCAUGGCAUCUGUGAAGGUCUAAAAGCCAUCCAUGACAAGGGAUAUGCACACAGAGACUUAAAGCCUACAAACGUGCUGCUGGAGGAGAACGACAAGCCAGUGCUGAUGGACCUCGGUUCUAUGAACAAAGCCCGCAUCGAAGUGAAAGGCUCCAGAGAGGCCAUGACUGUGCAGGACUGGGCAGCUCAGAGAUGCACCAUCUCUUACAGAGCACCCGAGCUUUUCAAUGUGGAGAGCCACUGUAUCAUUGAUGAAAAGACUGAUAUUUGGUCAUUAGGGUGUGUACUGUACUGUAUGAUGAUGCUCGAAGGACCGUAUGAUCUGGUGUUUCAGAAGGGAGACAGUGUUGCUCUUGCUGUCCAGAACCCGGUUGCCAUUCCACAAUCCUGCAGCUACUCUGAAGGACUGCAGACGCUGUUGAGCUCCGUCAUGGUGACGAACCCUCAGGAGCGGCCCAACAUUGACUGGGUUCUCGAACGAGUCAGAAACCUCCAGAGCUCAGACGGAGGAGCGAUCGAAACCGACAGAGUAUGACGAAUGGAAUUUUUAUCUUCCACCCAGACUGUCCUUUUACCUUAGAAAACACAUAGAGAAGACAUAUUUAAACACAUACACACACAGACAUGCUCAUCAGUCAUGAUGAAAAACAUCAUUGAAGUGUUAUUGAUUUUUAGUGUUAUGUUAGCAUUAAAGCUAAUAACUUCUGCCCCUGCUUGAGUGUCCCUGUCGUAACGAAGACCGAGCUUAAGCUAAAUUUGAUCAGCCAGUCACAAAAUAGACCAUGUGACAUCACCAUUAGACCUUUUUACUCAUUUCUUUGACACAAUGUACUGCUUAGCAUAAAAUAUUAGUUUAGCAUAUUGAGCUAUGCACGCCAUCUAUUUAAGUUCAACUCAGUAACAUUAACAUUAUCUCCAUCACAGGCAUCUGUUCUGCCCUGUAUUACCUGGAGCCAGAACUAAUUUAAUUAGUAGUAAAUAGUUUUAAUUUGGCUUAUUAUUAUAUGGCAUAUUUAAGACGGAGAACCAAUGGUGCUAGCAAGAUGAUUAAAAUUAGGCUAGGUAUUAUAUUUUGUGGUUAAGAUCAAAAGCUAACUUUUUAAAUUAACUGUUAUAUGCAUAAUUAUAUAUAGAUACUAUAGAUUAGAUAAAUAGAUUUAUGUAGCUAGCUAGUUUUGUUAAGCUAAAUUAUGUAUUAUAUUAUAUAUUUUGCUAACAAGCUUAUUAAAAUAGGCUGUUUUUUAUAUUUCAUGACUACGACCAGUAUUUUAUGCUAAACUGUACAUUGAGCUAUAAUUAAGAUAAAAUAGACUUAAAUCUUAUUAAGGAAAUUUCUGUACGUUUUCUUUCUUAUUUGUAGAAGUUGAAUUACAUGGGUAAACAGUUACUGUGUGUGUGUGUGUGUGUGUAAGACAAACCUGGCUUGGAAUUUUAAUAUAACAAAGCCCUUAAUGAGGCCAGUGGACAUUCCACAAGAGGAGUACAGGACUGGAUUUAUAAGAGAUAUUGCGUAGGUUUGAACUCGCUGAGAUUAACUCCCAAACCAGGAAGUUCUGUCCCUUCACCUUUUUUCUUGGCUUGUGUUUUAGUCUCGACUUAGUUUUAUGGUACCUGAAAGUUGUGUAUUAGUCUUAGCUAUAAUUAGAUAAAGAUUUAAUUAAAGUCAGUUAGCUAUAUUUAUUCGAUACACAAAAAUAACCUUAUUAAAAAAAAAUUCACUGCAUUUUACUUCCAUCAGGUUUGAUCCUAUAUCAUCAUCCCAUCUCUAGUGUGCGUUGAUCUUAAAAUUCUUUAAAUUUUUUAAAUGUUCAUGUUUCACUAUUAUGAAUUUAGGGAAGAAAUUACACAAAUGGGAAAGGACACAGGAAGUAGUAGCUAAUAGAAAAUGGUUGGUCUGGUUGUUGCUACUUUAAAAAAAUAUUCCACCAAAAGAAGGUACUGCUUAUUAAUUAGGUAGAUAUUUUCUAAAUGGAUUUAGUCAUGAAUUACUUCCAAAAAAAAAAAAAAAAAACAAUUUUGUAUUGACCGACCACAGCUCUAUUUUGUAACCUCAUUUAUUACCAAAAGAAUAUUUACAAUUUUGAAGCUAAUCUGAUUGCAAAUGUAACAAACUGCCACAUACUAUGUUUUUCUUGUAUAAAAGUAAGCUACUAUUGCAUAUCAGAGAUGUAUGUUCCAUAGGACCUCUUAUAAAGGGCUUUUUCCAUGAUUAAUUUAAAAUCAGACCUUCUCUAGUUAAUCUGUUCUUCCUGACUGCUGGAGACGUAUAAUAUCCAUGAUAACAUUGCUGUGGAGCUUAGUAUCUCAGUAAUUUGCUGUGUUUAACUAAAUAACAACUUAUGCACACUUGGGACCUGUUAUUUUUGACUAUUUAUUGUUUAUUUGUUUUUUUAGCAGCUCUCGAUGCUUGAUGCUUUUGAAAAUGUUGAUUUUGUUUUACAAGGUCAUAUUGUAUUUUAUUUAAUUUGUAUAUAUUUCAACAGAGAAUCACAUGUGUAAAUGUCUCUUGUUUUUAUUUCACAAUGAUUAAAAAUAUUUCAUGUUUUCA